AUGUCUCAACACGAACGAUUUAAUUUCGAUAAUUCGGAGGAGGAUGAUUUAGAAUUGAUGGAAAAUCUUCCUCGUGAUGAUGAAGAUGAAGAUGAAACUCUACAAACAACAAGAAGAACAAGAAUACAAAACGAAGUAAAUUAUAACUAUAACAAUAGAAAGAAGGGAAUUUCUCAAACUCUAAUUCAACCCGUGCUCGGAUUAUUGUACAGAAAACUCAUGCUCUUGAAACGCGAUUGGAAAAAUUCAAUCAUGAUGAUCAUGUUUCCCUUGCUAUUUAUUGUAUUAAUUAUAUUGAGUCAUAUAUCGUAUAGACAAUUAUUUAAGAAUUCAAUGAAUCCGUAUGAGGCUGGAACGGAAGAGUAUUACAAAUGGAUGGCUGAUAAUUCGCCUGUUUUCUUGUUGGGUCAGAUGGGUAAACCAAGUAAGGCUGCUUUAAUGAGUGAUUUUUCGACAAUACCAACUGAGAAGGAAAAAACAUUUUGCAUGGCUAUGGUUGCGAAUGGCCAAUUGUUGAAGGAUAAGAAUGGUAAAAAAUUAAUGCAAACCAUUGAGAGAAGGUUGACUAAUUUCAUGUCUUUUUAUGUGGAUUUUAGAACUUUUUCAAGUAUGAUGGAAAUGGAAGAGGCAAUGAAGAGUUCAUCUGAAACUGACUAUUAUUUUGGAGGAUAUAUUUUCCAUCAAUUGGAUUUUGAUUCUAUGGAUUUUAAUGUUACUGUCAUGUAUAAGAAUUCAGAUAUGGCCACUUUGCCAACUCUUUCUCAAUUGGUUCAACAAACUAUUUUGGAUAUAGCCAGUGCUCCAAAGCAGUAUAACGAAACAAGAUUGGAAUCUAUUUUCCCAUCAAUUGGUAUCCAAUCGAUUGCGUUUGGAGAUCCAAUAUCAUUGUUAUUUUUGGAAAAUACUAUUUAUUAUUUGGUUAUUCCAAUGGUAUUUAUUCUUCCUCAAAUAGUUUCAAAUAUUGUUGCUGAGGAGGAAAAGGAAACCAAGGUUCAACUCUUACUCAGCUCUGUAUCAAAGAAAAUGUACUGGUUCUCACAUAUUGUUUUUGAUUCCACCCUACUGUUAAUUAUUUCUCUCAUACAAAUAAUUGGAGGUACAUUCAUAGCACAAGCGAAGGCAUUCACAGAUAAUUCACCAUUUGCUUAUCUUUCUCUCUAUUUAUUUUAUUCAAUUUAUUUCUUGACCUUUGCUUACAUGUUCAGUUACUUUUUCAAGAAGGUUGAAGAUUCUCAAAAAUGGUCUGGUUUUAUUGUAUCACUGACAGUAGUAUUUACUUUCCUUGUAUUCAAAUUUUUAUUUGGAUACGAGACUAGUAUGGCACUCAAGAUUUUCUUGUGCUUUGUCAUUCCUGGUUGGAAUCUUUUUUACGGACUUUCAAUUUUAGGACUUGCUGCUUAUAAUGGAACACCAAUUUCAUUCCUUGACAUUAUUUUAUUUAGAAAUCAUGGAUCUGAGAUGUCUGUAUUAUUGAUUGUUAUUAUCAUUUCGAGUCUUUUGAAUGUUUUUGUAAUGCUAUCUCUUGAAUACUUUGAAUAUUUGAAGAGAAAGCCAAAUUCUUGGAUUAACAGAAUUAUUCCUUCCUUUAUUAGAAGAAAGGUACAAAUGGACACUAACGAAUUACCAGUUAGUGAAGUUGAACUCCAAGAAAUGAUUGAAAAAUACUCUAAUGCAGACGAAAUCUUUGGUGAGAGUGAAGAGGAAUCAUUGGGAGGAUAUUCUCUCCUUGUGGAAAACGUUUUCAAAUGGUAUGGUGACUAUUGCGCUCUUAAAUCGGUCAAUUUAGGGGUAAGGAAAGGAGAAAUUUUUGGCUUGCUUGGUAAGAAUGGUAGCUCAAAAACAACCCUAUUGAAAUGUAUUUGUGGAUUGUCUGGAAUUAGUAGAGGAAAAAUAUCAAUUAAUGGUACAAGCGUUUUUGAGAAUUUCUCUGCAGAACAUAGUUUGGGUGUCUGUCCUCAAAAUAAUAGAUUGUAUGAGAAUUUAACAGUGUGGGAACAUUUAAAGACCUAUCAUUUAAUUCGUGGAACCUAUUCCUUUGCAAAUGUAACCCAAUGCUUGAAUACUUACAAAUUUGCUCCAGAAGAUGCCAACAAAACUGUAAAGGAAUUAUCAGGAGGUAUGAAACGUAAAUUAUCAGUUGCUUUGGCAUUCAUUGGUUCUGCUAAUUUGAUUCUUCUCGACGAGCCUACAUCAUCUCUGGAUGUUGCUACCAGAAGAGUAAGAUGGCAACAAUUGGAACAAAGAAUGCUCUCAAAGACAAGUAUGGAAAAUUCUACAAGGUCGUUAUUACCAACUAUGAUGAAGACAAUGUGGAAAGAACAAACGACUUUGUGA